AUGGAGGCUAAAAGCCAUCCCAGGAGCUGCCUGGGAUGUCAGGAAAUAACAAGUUAUUCUGGUCAGUUUACAGAUAACGGACAGAUCAUUUUCCCACCCACGGACAACUACGUCCCCUCCAACCCCAACCCACUUCCCCAGGGCUUCCGUGGCCAGGAGGGUUUGCCGAUGGUGGCCGCCUUUUGGGACGACGCAGAUUUCUCCCAGGGUGUCGGCACCACCUGGUACCAGGUCGGGGCCACCAAAGGUGUUCUCCUGGGAGAGCCCAGCUCCCAGCUCGCCCAUUUAACCCUCUCUCUUGCCAACCGGCAGGAGUACUCCACCCUCAGCUCUACCCGAGACGCCCUUGUCCAUGAUGUGGAAGCAAAGAUUGAGAAAUACCUUCAAACCCCCUACAUAGCAAAAUGGACCUUGAAGGUGACAUGGGAGAAGGCUCCGGCAUACCCAUCCCAGGGGUGCCUUGGGUUUCUCCAGACGAGCACCUACCAGGCGGUCCUGACCACCGAUGGGAACCGUUCCUUCGCCCUGCUGCUCUACCAAGACGGCGGGAUGCGGUGGGACUACACCAACGGCGAUGGCUAUGCCCAAAAUAACGAGCUGACUCAAAAGCCACCAGCUGUGAAGUACCGACCUGACCAGCACAGCAGCCCUGGCACCAACGGGGGGCUGGAGGCGUUCGACUGGUGCUGCCGGCGUGUGGGGAAGCCCCUGUUCUGCGCCAGGUUUGCUGAGAAGAGACCGAGGAUCGGCUGCGAGGGAUAUAUGCCGCCGACCCCAGCUGGCGCCUUCGGGGACCCCCACAUCACCACCCUGGAUGGACUCACCUACACCUUCAAUGGACUCGGCGACUUUGUCCUGCUGCUGGCCAGCGAUGCCCAGACCCGCUUUGUGCUGCAUGGGCGCACAGCCCAGACGGGCACAGCCCAGGCCACCAACUUUGUGGCCUUCGCUGCCCAGUACAUCUCUGCCACCUCCACAACAGUUGAGUGGACCUUGGGGAGCCAGGGUGACAUACAAGUUCUCCUGAACGACGAAACCAUCCAGUUUUCCUAUUCCCAAGACAUGGGUGCCGAGGUGUACUACAGCCCUGGUGUCCUGCUGGUCAAUGCCUCCUCCGUCACAGCUGUCUUCGACGGGGCCAUCGCCAUCUCCAUCUCGGCCACCUCUGGGAUCCUCAGCGUUGUCUGCAGCCUGGCUGAUCGGUACCGCAACAGCACCAAGGGCCUCCUGGGUGUUUGGGACCACGACCCCGCAGAUGACUUCCAGAUGCCGAACGGUACCAGCAUCCCUGUGAACAGCAGCGAGGAGGAGAUCUACAGCUACGGGAUGACCUGGGCUGUUGGAGACCACAGCCUGUUUGCUCAGCAUCUGGACUCACCCGUAAUGAACUUCACACCCAUCUUCUUGUCUCGGCUGCGGCAGGAGAAUGAAAGCCAGUACCAGCUGGCAGCCUCGCAGUGCCGCGGCAACAAGGAGUGCAUCUACGAUUCACUGAGCACAGGGGACGUGGCCCUGGGCCUGGCCACCCAGAGCCUCGCAGCCGACUUCCAGCAGAAGAAGACAGUACUCAACGCCUUCCCUCCCGUCAUCACCGGUGACGCGUCACUCACGGCCUUCAGGACAGAAAGGGUCAGGAGGCAGUACCGUGCCAUGGGGGUGGGCGCACGCUUUGUCCCCCACCUCUCGCCAGAGCUCAACAUAUCAGAGAGCGGCACCCUGACGUGGGAGCCCCACAGGAUGGCCCCGCUCACCAUCAACCUGGAGGCUGUGGCAGCCUGCAGGUGUGAGGGCGGCUACUCGGGUCCCUUCUGCCAGGACCCUCCGGACCCCUGCGCCCAGGGAUGCUUCCCCGGCGUGGGCUGCGACUCGCACGCCGGUUGCGGCCCCUGCCCGGCUGGCCUGACCGGUGACGGGCGGCACUGCUCAGAUAUCGAUGAGUGUGCACAGGGGACGGCGUGCCCGGGGAACGCCACCUGCACAAACACGGUGGGAAGCUACGCCUGCUCCUGCCCGGCCGGCGAGGAGGGUGAGGGGCCAGGCUGUGGCUCAGCCUGUGGCUCCCGCUCCUGCCCCGAGGGCUACUGCAACAACGGGGGACACUGUCGCCUGCACCCCAUGACCUGCGCCCCCACCUGUGCCUGCCCCCCGGCUUUCGUCGACCAGCGUUGCCUGGUGGCGGGGGGGGAUUUUCGGCCAAUGCCCAGCGCAGAUCUCCCCCACAGAAGUGUGCGGCUGCGGGUCAGGACGCUGCAAAACGCCACUGCCGAGGAAGUCAAUGGCACCGUCUCGGCCAUUCUGGGCUCCCUGGAUGUAAAGGCUUUCCAGAGCAACAUCAACAUCACCCAGACCCGCAGCAGUGUCAUCCAGUUCCUGAACGAGGAGCUGCCGGGGGCCAUCACUGGCGCCUUCAACGGGCAGCGAGGGCGGCGGGAGGCGGGCGCGCGCCUCCUCUUCCAACGCCUGCACCGGGACAACAUCACCGACCUGGUGAAGCGUGAGUGGCUCCUGGUGCUGAGCCAGGGAGCCUGA